UUUUAAUUGCAGUAACAUUGGAUUACAACAAUAUAUACCUUUCAGAUGUACAUUGUAAUAUAUUUCGAAUUCUGUGUAAAUUAAAUUACUUCUUGUAAAAUAUUGGGUCUCUCUUUCCAUAUUCAUCUCUAUGUGAGUAUAAUUUUUUUCUGAACCGUCUGAGAAUACAUUGAAUACAUCAUGGCCCUUUAGCCCUACAUAUUUCACUAAUUUAACAUCAUACUACACUUUGACCAACUGCCAUUUUGUCGACUGACCCAGGAAUAUAUUCUAUUCCAGGAUCACAUAGUUCUUUUAGUUGUUUAGCCCUUUAGUCUCAUUUCGUCAGUCUUUUAAGACACAGACAUUUUUGAAGAAUAUAGUCUUCCCUUCUCCCACUGUUUAAAAACAUAGUGUUUCUCAACUUGGCUUUGUCUGACCUUUCUUCCUGAUGAGACCCCGUUUAUGCCUUCCUGACUGGACCACUAUCCACAUCAUCUUGUGUGCUUCUCAGGGGGUACCUACCUGGAGGCACCCUUGGCCAGCGGCUGCUGAGGGUGAUGUUAACGUCGAUCACCUGGUAAGGUCUUGUUUGAUUUCUCCACUCUAGAGCUGCUAGUUUUUCUUCUGCAAUUAAUAAGCAAUCUCUGGGAGAUGAUGCUUUAAACCACACAAAUACCCAGUUAUCAUCAAAAUUCCCCUCCUUUCCCACUAGAUUUAGCAUCAAUUGACGAUUCUUGCUUGAAUCAAUAUUAAUGUGAUGGUUCCAAAAUUAUGAUGUUCCAACUCUAGCACUCUGUCCAUGUGUAUCAGUCUGCCCUUGGGAUUCUACUGGAAGGAAGAGCCCUCCUUUAUCUGUCUGUCUGUCUAUCUAUCACAUAUUUAUCUACCUACCUAUGAUCUAUCAUCUAUCGAUCAAUCGAUCUAUCUUGCUAUCAUCUUCCAUCUAUCAAUAUCUAUCAUUAAUAUGGCCUCAUGAAUUCCCUUUCUUUUCAAUGGCUUAUAAUUUUUCACUCUCCCUAAUUAUUCUGGCACUCAAAUUGCCCCUAAUUUGACCAGUGGGAAUCCACUCAUUUUGGCAACAAUGUUCUUAUGAAAUGCUCCAAAAUUUUUUUAAUCUCUUCCUUCAUUUCUAAUAUAAAAAUAUGUUCCAGUUUCUUUCUGUACCUUCCCUGUCCCAUUGCCUGGAGGAACCAUUUCUUUGAGAAGCCCUAGAACCCUUUACUGGUGAAGAGCAUUAAGUACCAAGGUGUGGGUCUCAGGGGUGCUCAUUACCACCAAGUGUCUUUGCUUCUCGGGAAGGGCACGUUUUUAGACAUCCAUAAGACUGAAGGCUGCUCUUUUAGGGCCAGAGUAUGAAGACCCGAGGAAGGGGUCACUCUCCUUUUGACAACAGCAGCAUUACUUGGGCACCAGUGGAGUGGGGAGUUCUAAAGCUUGAGGAGACAGCAUCCUUUACAUAGACACUCAGACUCUCAGGUGGGGCACCAUCUUCGGUGACAAUGGUGCAAUUCCUUUAGCCAGCUUGAGAGUAACACAAAAGACGUGGUGGAAUUAUGAGGAGAGCUGGGGCAGAAGAAGAAAAUAUGAGCAGGUAUCAAACGGUGAUUUUGUUGGGGAGACUGAUGUGUGAGCACAUGGAUGCUCCCAUCUGGGACAUUCCAGGAGUAACUGGGAGACAUUUACAAAGAGGAGACUUAAAUUUAUGCCAUCCAACCGGGGAGGGCUUAAGGAAGGAUAACUGGGAAGCAAAAUAAAAAUGAAUUGAGUUAAAACUUGCAGAAUAGUGAAGCUUGCAAAUACCACAGGUGUACACACACCCCACACACACACAAACCUUUAAAAUUCAUAGACUAGGGAAGACUAUUACCUGGAGAGUACAGACAUAUCCAUAAAGGAUUUCCACGUGCACCCACAAAGCUUUUUCUAGGAUCCUGCACUUUCAACAGAGGCCAGAUGUGUGGUGUGGGAUAAAUGGCAAUAAAAGUAGUCCAGUCUGUAGUUGAAAGAUUAAGAUUUAGGUCCAAGGUUGCAUCUUUUUCAUGCUUAAAUGAAGUAAAGAUUAAUUAUUCACUAUUCUUUGGUGAACUCUGUGAACCAUCUUAAGAUUGUAUGCCUCGGUAUAAAAAAAAAAACUCAAGCACCUACAGAAGCCAAUUUGAUCCCUGUUUGACCCUUGGAUGACUUGGCAGGAAUCAUUUCCUUCCAGAAACGUGGUUACUCGAGAAACUCCCCUCCAGACCAUCCCAGGUGUCGCCUACUCCUCUGAGGGAGUUUUAAAACUAGACCACUUUUUAAGGAUGGGAAGAUAAGGGGCUCGGUGAGUUACUGCUUGUUCUAAUCCAUCUUAUUGAUUUUAGACAACUCAAACUGGCCAUUAGCAUGGAAUAUACGUACACGCUGAUUAUAUUAGCAUCAAUUUGACAACAAUAGUUCUUCAAAUCACCCCAAGCUGUCCAAACCUGGAAUGAAUAUAAAAAGAAAAAACACAAACUCCGAAAAGAUCCGCAAUAUAAGAAAUAUGCUGCCCAAUUAAGUUUCUCAAGCUAUUAUAAGUAAAUGUUUCCUCGGUCUUCACACUCUAUACUAUAGGGAUUUUUGAGGUUAUAAUUCGAAGGAGAUAUAAUUUAUAUUUUCCUUCUUGAAAAAACAAGUACAGUUUGUCACUGCUGUCAAAGUAGAUACUCAAGGGAGAUUACUUGGUACAUAAAGCUCAGUCUUAGGUGGCCUAAUUAGUUCUCGACUUGGGUGGUUACAGGUGAGGUUUCAGAAGGUAAAGAAACACAAAAAAGGAAUUUUCUAACGAUUAGCCAAUUACAUUCUAUAACAUAUAUAAUGAUAAUAUAAAUGAUUGGACUAAGUGUAUUGCCAGCCAUUUAUUUGGUACUAAAUUUGACUAUAAUUUUAAUGGCUUUCUGCCACAAGUUCCCACUCUAAAUAUAUUACAAACUUGGGAAUCCUUUGUGGAAAGACCAAGGUGUUAUAAGUUUAUGCCAAAAAAUAAAAGGUAGAAAAUUUCCUGACUUUCAUUUUAACCAGAGAUUUUUUUCUCUUCCAGAAACCUUUGAAAUCGCCAUCUCUUUCUUGUUUUAAAUUGCCGCAAUAGGGAAUUUGAGAAUUUUAAAAUAAUCAGUCAAGAAGGCGAUGGCGGACACUUUCUCCCAAGCUGCAGCUGUGGAGCUCUGCUACGAGAACGUGAAUGGAUCCUGUGUGAAGACCCCUUACUCGCCAGGGCCCCGAGCAGUUCUGUACGCCGUCCUCGGUCUGGGGGCCGUGCUGGCCGUGCUGGGAAACUUACUGGUCAUUAUUGCCAUCCUCCACUUCAAACAGCUGCACACACCUACCAACUUCCUGAUCGCGUCCCUGGCCUGUGCCGACUUCUUGGUGGGGGUGACAGUGAUGCCCUUCAGCGCCGUGAGGUCUGUGGAGAGCUGCUGGUACUUUGGAGAGAGCUACUGUACAUUUCACACGUGUUUUGAUACUUCCUUCUGCUUUGCUUCUUUGUUUCACUUAUGCUGCAUCUCUGUCGAUAGAUACAUUGCUGUUACUGAGCCUCUGACCUAUCCAGCCAGGUUUACUGUCUCGGUGUCAGGAAUAUGCAUUAUUCUCUCUUGGUUCUGUUUGCUCACAUACAGCUUUUCUGUCUUUUACAUGGGGGCCAAUGGAGAAGGCAUCGAGGGACUAGUAGCUGCUCUCACCUGUGUAGGGGGCUGUCAGGCUCCACUGAAUCAAAACUGGGUGCUCCUGUGUUUCCUUCUCUUCUUUACACCCACUGUUGCCAUGGUGCUUAUAUAUGGUAAGAUAUUUUUGGUGGCUAAACAUCAGGCUAGAAAGAUAGAAAGUGCAGCCAGCCAAGCUCAGUCGUCUUCCGAGAGUUACAAGGAAAGAGUCGCAAAGAGAGAGAGAAAAGCUGCUAAGACGUUGGGUAUUGCUAUGGCAGCGUUUCUUGUCUCUUGGCUACCGUACAUUAUUGAUGCCAUGAUUGAUGCUUAUAUGAACUUUAUAACUCCUCCGCAUGUUUAUGAGAUUUUAGUGUGGUGUGUUUAUUAUAAUUCUGCUAUGAACCCCUUGAUAUAUGCUUUCUUUUACCCAUGGUUUCGGAAGGCAGUAAAACUUAUUGUAACUGGCAAAGUCUUAAGGAGUGAUUCAUCAACAAUUAAUCUGUUUUCUGAGGAAGCAGAUAUAGAUUGAGAAGAUUACUGCAGGGAUUUCAAAACCAACGUGGAAUGAAGGUCAAGCUCAACACUGAGCACUUGGCUCUAGAGGGUCAAGUGUCAUCAUUUGCCAACUCGGAGGAUGUUUGAUCUGAAGCAUUGGUCAUCUACAUCUAUCUUGGCAUUUUUUCAAAUUUAGUGAGUGAUAAAUAAGAUUUGCUGAUUAUUUCCCAUUUAGUAUUCUUCUAUGUUUUUUUGAUUCUCUACCUUUUUCUCUGAAAUUUCUCCUUGUUUCUUCAAAUAAUUUUAAGUUUUGUAGUUUCUUCUGUAUUUGUUACCAAUAUUACUUUGUUCAAAAUACACAGGGGGGGAAAAGCUCCUGUGUAACUUGUAAGUUAGAUUCUUUGGGGACAAAAAUCCUCUUUAAGGUAUGUUUUGUUUGAGAGGUAAGCACAUGAUUAUAAAUUCUUGCAAAUUUUUUUAAUCUAAAGGACUUUAUAGAGAGCUGUCAUGUGGAACUUCCCUCAGCUUAUAGAUUGGAGAACACUGGCGCUCUUGUGGUUUUGAACACUAGCAAUGCUUCCUCUCCAUCUCAUAGUCACUGUUUCACAAGGAACACGUAUGGUGAUUACACGGUUACACACUAUGUCAACUUUUGGAGAACAUAAUUUAUUAUGGUCAAAUGAGCAUGUAGACAGAAAGAUGGCUUCUGUAUUCCUUUUUAGUAAUUUGAAAUAAAAUAAGAAUUUUAUAAAAAGGUUAAUUCGAAUUCACAUUUUUUAACUUUUGAAUUCUUUCUUUGUACUGUACUGUAUUUGGCAUUUGAAACAUAAAGUCGACUGACUCCAACAUAGCCAAGGACUAUUUCAAAAUAGCAAUUACUCAAAGUCGUGUUACACACUCUAGAAAUAGUUUCAGUUUUCUCAUCUGAUGACAGUUCUUACUCACAUGAAUUUUAAUUCAUUUUAAUUAAAAAUAUAUGUUGAGUGUUUUAAGAUAGAGUAAACAUUUGAAAAAGAUACUAAUAAUAGGGUGAUUUGCCUUCUCAAAUCUUUGAAGCAUAGCCUUAAAUCUCUGUUUAGCUGGCUCAUUUUAGACUAUUCUAUGACAAGCUUGUUUCACAAAAUGUAAAGAAGAGGUAAAUGGAGUUACAUAAAUGUUACAUGUUACAUAUUUUAUAUGUGAACCAGUUUGGAAAGAUUUUAUUUCCAAAGCUUAAGCUGUUCCAUAUUUGUACAUUAAUGCCUUCAUUGAGAAUAUUUAGGAGAAAAAAUGUUGAAGAUAAAAGAGAAUGAAAGGAAUCUAAAAGUCUUCGUAGCAGAAUGCGUGUUUGUGACUCAUGUCAAGGAACAGGUCUGCGAACCACCUUACAAAUGUCACAAUCAAGGUCCCCCACUCUCACUCCUGAAGAAGAGCUCAAAGCCUGUGUCCCUUUGACAGUGAGGCAGCAGUGUUGCCAUCACAGAAGUGUGUGUUCCUUCCCUCAUUCGCAGGUGUGAACUUAUGCUGACAAUCAUAAAUAAUGAGGAAAUCAUUCGGGGGACUUAAAAAUAUACAUACUCUUCUGCUACCUUGCACUGCGUAGGGUGUAAUCUUUAGAUGAAUUGACUGCAGAGAUAAAUCCUGUCCAGAGAUGUAUGCAAGCUCUCUUUCACAUCAGUAAGUGCAGAAUGCACUUCACAUUUACUCUUUCUUGUUUAUUUUUCUAUUCUCCUUGCAGUCCUUCAUAAAGGAAGUCUUUCGAUAAAAAAAAAAAAACUUGGUUAUCUCCCCCAAAACUAACUAGAUGAUGACUACAGCACCACGCCUCUCUUCUGCAUCUCAUGUUUAUACAAAUUUUCUCUUAACUCCUUGGCUAGCUGCACACCAAAUUGCUGCGUACUUUUUAGUAGCUGGUAACUGUUUGUCCAUGUUGUUUCAACACCUAGGACAGUGCUGUGCACUUAGUAAAUCCCUAAGAUAGUUUUUAAGCAAAUAAAUGAGUAAUUCUUCUUUAUUUUCACCCAUCAAAUAACUGUUAGUCUUUUACAUUAAGAAAAGAGAAGCUGCCUUGGGGCCAGGCUGUGGCCUAGUGGUGAAGUUCAGUGGGC